AAUGAACGGAAAGGGCGAAAAUUUGCUAACAAUUUUACCAAACCAAAACCAAAUUUGGAAAGGCAAAAAGAAGAAAUAAAAGUAAAAACCCUUUCUCCUUCCCUAUCUUUCCUUUCCCUCGAAAAUUCUCCUUUUCUUCCCCCUCCAAAUCCUCAUCCAUGGGUGAACCCUUUCGAUUAGAAGAAGAUCUCUCAACAAAAUGGAUCAUGGAAUUGAAAACCAAAGUUGUUCAUAUUAAGAUUGCCGCUUCAGAUCUCAAUGCUACAUGAUUUUCUUUUUCUCAAUUCUUAUCCCAUUCAACCACGCCGGAUAAUUCUCAAAUCUUUCCUCGCCCUUGGAUUUCCAUCGCACCGUGCCCGGUGCCGCCGUUCCGCUUGUGCUAUACCCGACCCGAGAGUGGUAUGUAUAUAUAUAUAUUGCUGCUGUUGGAGAAUUAGGAUGAUGUCUUUGUUUUGACUAGUCACCAUGGAGGAAGAGCGAGUAGAGGAAUCGAAGGUUAGGGUUUUGAUAGAGAAGGCUACGAAUUCUACGGAUUCGGAAGUUCAUCCUCGGCUUCUCAAGGCUAUUAAAUCGGUUGUGCGGAAUUCUGAUUCAGAGCUCCGAGUCGCUGCCCAAACUCUUAUGGACCUUAUGAAGUUUGAUCAUUCUCAGGUCCGCUAUCUCACGCUUCUGGUAAUUGAUGAACUUUUCAUGAGAUCAAAGCUUUUCAGAUCUCUUGUUGUUGAGAAAUUAGAUCAACUGUUGACGUUAAGUGUUGGAUUCAGAAGAAAUAUGUUACUUCCCGAACCAGCAGCUGUUGCAUCUACAUUGCGUUCAAAGGCAAUCGAGUUUUUGGAGAAGUGGAAUGAUUCUUUUGGUAUUUACCACAGAAAGCUUAGAUUAGGCUAUGACUAUCUGAAGAACACUCUUCGACUCCAGUUUCCAAAUAUACAAGCAAAUGCAAUGCGACGCCAACAAGAGAGGAUGGAAAGAGAAAGAAGAUCAAAAGAGAUACUGCUUGGCAAGUUUGAAAUGUUGAAAGGGAAUUUUUCUUCUAUCAAGGAAGAAAUUCAGUCAACUUUAGACGAGAUCAAGGAGUGCUUGGAUAUUGUUCAUUCUAAAGAGGAUGCCAGAGACAUGAUUCCUUUGGAUGAUGACACCACAGAAGAGUUUCGAUCUGUCGAGCUGAGACAGAUCCGUCUUGAUGCACUGAAAGGAGAAAUGGUUCAUGAGAAUCACGAGAAUAAAGUGAUUUUUGAUGCAUUAAGGGAGCUUUACAAGCUCAUGUCAAAACAUAUGGUUUCUAUCCAAGAGUGGAUCUCUGUUCUUGUUAGGGUUGAUUCAACGGACGUGAGAUUUAGGGAUUCAGCCUUAAGGGAGUUCAUCGAUCUCCAAAAUAGUCUACGUGCAGUGAAGAGGAAAUGUGAAGAAUUGGGUUGUAACUUUACAGAAAAUGCAAACCAUGAUGACAAAGACGAAGAUUUCUGGGAAGAAGGUCCCGUGGGACCAACGAAGAAUGGAGGUUCCUUUACAUCCGAAAAGAAAAAUGAAGAUCUUGUUGUGGAGUUGACAUCUAAUGUGAUUAAAAAUGCAGAUAACUCUAAAACUAGUGGUGGGGCACAUGUUGAUAAUGUGGUGAAAAAUGGUGAAGUUUGUUGUAGUAAUUCAGCCUCCUCCCUAAGGAAUAAGCUCUUAGCUGAUGCUCCAGUUAUUGAGUGGGGCUCUUUCUUAAAUACUUGGGAUUCGAGGACAGAUAUUCUAGCUAACCAGCGAGGAUUAGAGCUUCAAAGCCACUGGGGUCGAGUAGACUACGAUGCAACUAUUCCUGCUGAGAAAAUUGCGGAACUGAAUGUCCGCGCUUCAUUGUACAAGGAAGACCAACCCGAAAUUCAACCUUGUCGUGCUCCUUUAAGGAAAGGAGGACUUUGUCCAAGAAGAGAUCUAAAAGUGUGUCCAUUUCAUGGGCCUAUUGUGCCCCGUGAUGAUGAAGGACAGCCAUUGAACGUGAGCUCUACAUUAGAUGACACAACUCCUGAUCUGAAUAUUGGAUCGGUUGAACAGCUAGCGAGGCAGGCUGUAAAAAAUGUACGUUUGCGAGAUAAAGAGGCAGCAGAGAAGAGAGAACAUGACAAGAAAGCACUGAAACGUGCCAAACUUGCAAAAAUUAGAGAGCACAAUGCAGGUGUUUUGCGCGACGCUGCAUUGGCAUCGACAUCAAUAUCUUCUGCUCUUGGUGAAAAUAUGGAAACAGGUGGUGAAGGGACCGGAUCGGGUAGGAACAAGAAGAAAACACUUGCAUCUAUGCUGCGUAAGAAAGUGUCGACGAAAGAUCGGUUAUCAAGGAGGCUGUUGGGUGCAAAAUCCAGCGCUUUAACUAAGAGGGAGCUUACUUUGAAUGAAGAUGCAAACUAUAGAGAAGCAUUCCCAAAUCAGUGGUAAACUCACUCUCCAUUUAUUGUGGGUAUUUUCUUUAGGAUUGAUUGUUCAUAAGGUGAAAUUACUUGUUGGAUAAAAUUGUGUAUUCCUUUGUUUUUUUUUUCCUUCCACUGAGAUUUUUUGAAUUAAGCAAAAAAAUAAAAGUAAAAUACAUAUAUUCCUAUGUAUAUUUACCUGCAAUAAAAUCGGUAUCUAUUUGGGAUCAAAA